AUGACAACGAUGUUCGUCCAACUGCGCCAUAUGGUGUACCUAUUGGUACUUCUCCAGUGCUGUGCAUGUGCUACCCAUGUACUUGCAGCGACUCCAGGUUUUUUGGACGCUGAGAAGGCGGUUCAGAUGUCGGUAAAACACACAAAUCAAUUCAUUUCUCAAGUGGAGGGUUGUCUUCAAUUGUGGAAGACCAAGUUGCCGGAUUGUUUGGAGAAGUGCGAGAAAGCCAAGUUGGUUUUGCCGAAACUCAAAAACGUUGUCGCCGGGAUCGAGAAGGAUCCCGAUGUAAAGAUAAAUAAAAAAGUCAAAGGAGAGUUGCGUGAGCCGCUUCUUGGGAUGGUGAAGCAAGCCAAAGAUUUGAUACCGGUGGCCGGCGAUGCCGCCCGCGGCUGUAGUGUACCGGCCGAAAUGGCCACAGUGAGGGGAAGAAUGUGCGCGAUACACUGGGGCAAUCUGGCGCCCCACGUGGAGGGGUUUCCGGCCAGUCUGAAAUACUACGAGCUCGAGAAGUCGGGAGCCGAUGAUCCGAAUAGAGCCGGGGAAUAUCUUAUGUCCAGUUACGAGUUAUACUACAGGGCGUCCAACGUCACACAAGAAUACUCCAACAAGACAGGUGAGAUUCGUCGAUGCAUGGCGUUCGGCCACGGGGAUUGGAAGGAUGUGAAAAAACAGGUGGAAGAGUUGUUUCGAUUGAUCGAGGACCACGGUGGGAGCGCAGUCAAAGUGGUGGAGGAGGCCAAGUGGGGAGAAUUGAAUAGAACCAGGGAAGGUGAAAAAGAGGAACAGAAGAAAGUGGACGAGAAGGAAACAAAAGAAGGUCCGGGAGGAGUGGUAGUUGUGAAGAUUGAGGACAAAGGUGUGGUCGAAGAGGUUGGUUUUAAGCGGUAUGGGGGGAAAGCGGACCAGGAUGUCGGUGCAAUUCGACCCAGGGAGCUACCAGGGGAUGUUGGAGAUUUCAAUGCGGAUUUGGAGAAUGCAAUGGAGGAAGUGGCUUUGGCGAGAAAACUGGCCGAAGAAAAGGCUAGGAAAGAAAGAGAGGAACAGGAAAGGGAGAGAGAGCGAGAGAGAAAAGCAGAAGAGGAGAGAAAAGAAAGAGAAAGGGUGAGAAAAGAGAAAGAGGAGAAGGCUAGGCAGAUCGAAAGAGAGAAACAAGCAGCAGAAAAGACCAGAGAGGCUGAAGAAAAAAGGAAACAACAGGAGAGAGAGGCGGCAGAGAAGGCGAGACAGGCUGAUGAAGAAAGGAAAGAACAGGAGAGACAGGCAGCGGAAAAGUCAAAAGAGGCAGCAAAAAAGAAGGACGGCAGCAGCAGUCCUGUAUUGGUGCACAGUUCCCUGAUUCUUCUUGUGCUCUCUGUAUUGGGUUGCACUCUCGUUUGA